CCUCGUCGCUUCCGCUGCUCUUUCUGUAAUCUGUGCUAUCCGCUAGGGUUUAUCUACUCGAGGAAUGGCGACGGUGCAACUCUCCGGCGCGGCGAUCGGCGCGGCGGCGUUCGCGGGGAAGGGGUCGGCCCCUCUCAACGUGCUACGACUUACGUCGACCGUCGCCGUCGUCGGGGCCCUCCCCGCGCGGCGAGUGCUCCGCGGCCUCGUCGCCAGGGCCGCCACCGUCGUUGCCCCCAAGUAUACAACACUCAAUCCCUUAGAUGAUAGGGUGCUUGUAAAGAUUAAGUCUUCCGAGGAGAAGACAACCGGUGGAAUUUUGCUUCCUUCGACUGCUCAGUCCAAACCUCAGGGUGGUGAAGUAGUCGCCGUCGGAGAGGGAAGAACCAUUGGGGAUAGGAAGGUGGAUGUCAGCAUUCAGGUUGGAGCUCAAGUUGUAUAUUCAAAGUACGCUGGAACUGAGGUGGAGUUGAAUGAUUCCAACUAUCUAAUUCUAAAAGAGGAUGACAUCAUAGGUAUUCUAGAAACCGAUGAUGUGAAAGACAUGAAGCCUUUGAAUGACCGUGUUUUGAUCAUGGUUGCUGAAGCUGAAGAUAAAACUCCAGGUGGUCUAUUGCUUACCGAAACUACCAAGGAGAAGCCAUCUAUUGGAACGGUUGUAGCUGUUGGUCCAGGCCCCCUGGAUGAGGAAGGCAAGAGGAGCCCGUUGUCUGUGUCUGCAGGCAGCAACGUUCUGUACUCCAAAUAUGCUGGCAGUGAGUUCAAGGGUGCUGAUGGCACGAACUACAUUGUGCUGCGGGUGUUGGAUCUGAUGGCCGUCCUCUCAUGAGUUUGGUUUGAACAGUAACCUUCAAGCCUCUCUUUCACCAGGUGCAGGCAAUGCGCAGCUAGUGUCACGAUAUCUUCCAGUGGUCACCAACUCACCAUUUUGUGGAAACUUGCAGUUUUUUUACUGUUUCCUGGGCAAAACAUUCCAAGGCAAAAUUUAGUUGCAUAAAUUAAUUUCUUUAUUAGCUCUGACCUACGAGCUUCAAUCAUCAAA